AGGUAGUACUUUGUAGCAUUUGUGUUGUAAAUGUUCCUUCACGUGUUCAGAUCGUUCAAAUCUUCAAAUAAAUGAGAAAUAAUAAUUACAUUUGUUGAAAGUGUUUUUAAAAAAGUGAAAUUCAUAUUAUUUUAAAUAUGGGAGUUUACGAUUUUGCGGAAUCAAAGUAUAAUGUAGGUAGUUCUAGUUUUUCGAAACUAGCACCAAAACGUCCAGCAAUAGUGACACUAAAUGAAAAAUCAAAUAAAGUUCAAAAAAUCGAGGAAAAUAAAAAUUACCACGUUGAAUUAUCAAAUGAAACGAAUAUUGAACUUCAGAAGGAGAGAAAAUCGUUGCCAGUUUAUAUUCAUAGAAAAGGGAUUCUUGAUUUAAUAAGAAAUCACAAUACUCUGAUAAUAAUAGGAGAAACGGGAAGUGGAAAAAGUACACAAAUUCCACAGCUAAUUUACACUGCUGGCAUAGCGGGACGUGGAGGUUGUAUUGGAGUUACUGAACCUAGGAGAGUAGCUGCUGUAACUCUCGCUCGUCGAGUCGCUCAAGAACAGGGUGAAGCUUACCCGGGUAAAAGAGUUGGCUACUGUGUUCGUUUCGAUGAAAAAGUUUCAUCAGACACAAGAAUUAAAUAUGUAACAGAUGGUAUGAUGGUACGAGAAGCAAUGACCGAUGAAGUUCUCUCCAAUUAUUCAGUAAUUAUAUUGGAUGAAGCUCACGAAAGAUCUGUACACACUGAUGUUCUUUUCGGCGUUACGAAAAGAGCCCAAAGUCUAAGAAAACUGAAAAACCAUCCCCCGCUGAAAUUAAUAAUUAUGUCUGCUACAAUGGAUGUGGAGAAAUUUGCCGAUUAUUUUCAAGCCAAAGUUGCUUAUAUCGAAGGUCGGCAACAUGAAGUCGAAAUUUUUCACGCCACAAAGCCUCAGGAUGAUUAUCUUUUUGCUGCUCUUUCGACAGUUUUUCAAAUUAAUCGUGAAUCUCCACCAAAUGAAGAUAUUCUUGUAUUUUUAACCGGUCAAGAGGAGAUAGAGAAUGCAGUUAUGCUUUGUCGAGGAGCAGCUAAAUUGGCGGAGGGAAAAGGAUUUCCUUCGGUAAAAGUAUUUCCUCUUUAUUCUGCAUUGCCAAAUCAUAUGCAAUUAGAGGCGUUUAGACCAUCUCCGCCAGGAAUGAGAAAAGUUGUUAUAUCGACGAAUAUUGCUGAAACUUCCGUUACAAUAGGAGGCAUUCGUCACAUAAUUGACACUGGUGUUGUUAAGACGAGAAUGUUUCAUCCAACGACUGGAUUUGACAGUUUAAAAGUCGAGAAAGUGUCCAAGGCUCAGGCUCAGCAGAGAACUGGUCGCGCUGGUCGAUUGUCGUCCGGUUGUUGUUACAGAACGUACACUAAAGUUGAAUACGAAUCUUUGGCAGAGAUGCCAAUUCCCGAAAUUCUAAGAUGCUCCCUUGUCGGUGUUGCUCUUCAGUUGUUAGCCAUCGGUAUUGACAUUACGACUUUUGACUUUAUGGACAAACCACCCAAAGAAGCAAUUGAAGUGGCAGUUGCCUGUUUAGAAAAACUUGGUGCUGUAAGAGGCUCUCCACCACAAUUAACAACCUUAGGACGAACGAUGUCACGUUUUCCGUUAGAUCCUCGUUUUACAAAAGUGAUUUUAGCCUCUGUUGAACAUCAAUGCUUGGAAGAAGCUCUUAUAGUCAUUGCAAUGCUAUCUGGAGAAUCUGUGUUUAAUGAACCUCCGAGUAAAAGAAGAGAAUCUGCCAUGGCUAGAACGAGGUUUAGUUCAGAGGAAGGAGAUCACAUUACAUUAUUGAGGGUCUACCGCCAUUAUGUCGAAACAAAGGAGAAGAAGGUCUUUUGUAAAGAAAAUUAUUUGCACCAUAGGAAUUUAGAGUAUGCGUGUAAUGUUCGAAAACAAUUGGUUGAAACUGCUGAAAGAGCUAACUUGGAAAAAUCGAGUUGUGGAACAAAUACUGAAAAUUUAAGAAAAGCUCUGCUUGAAGGGCUUUACGAUAAUGUGGCUGAACUUCAGAGGGAUCAAACGUAUAUGACGCUUGGUUCCAGGCAAACUGUUGCAAUACAUCCAUCGUCAGUGCUGCAUAAUUCGAAACAUCCCCUUGUAUUAUUUACAGAAAUCGUGUGCACUGGCAAAAACUUUAUGCGAGGCCUUUCUGUUAUUGAAACAGCAUGGUUAAGGUAAAAGAAAGUGUUAAUUAUUAUUAUAAGAAUUUAUUUGUAUUAAGAAACUGUAAAUAGAGAAUAUUUAUACACUUAA